UGGCAUGGCAUUGGUACGUAAUCUAAAGGCGCGUAGAUCAUAGAUUUUGCCAAGUUCAUUAAUAUUGACACGAUUAUGACGUAUCAGUUUUAGAAUCUUUGUUAUGUUAGCAUACAAAUAUUGACAGUGCAGUCUAGCUUUGAUAAAUCUGAGAGAUAAGUUAUUGUCUUCUAUCAGUGACACAUGAAUGUUCAUAGGAAUUCGUCUAUGGUCUAACCUAAAUGUGAAAGUGACAACAGUGUCCAAUAAUUUGCCGCGAAAAAAUAGCUUCAUUUUGUGGAUUUUUACUACUACUGAUUGGACAUCACAAAGAAAAAGAUUCUCAAUUCGAGAGAUCUUCAGUUUUCACUGAGUGAAGGAUGUUCAAGGAAAGUGGCCAGUCGUCGUCGAGACAAAAUGCAAAGAGGAAACGGAGGUCGUCAGAAAACUCGCCUAUUCUGAAUGACGAAAAUUUGCCGAUAAAAGAAGACAAAAAACUGAAAGUUGAGACCAAAGUAUGUGAGCAGCCGGAAGCGUCCACAUCAGCGAUCGAUGUAGAGUGCGAGCGACUGCCUCUCUCCGAACUCUCCCUGUUCGACAAGCAGUCAUCCUCGAAGCAGUCACAGCACUCUGACGAGGAUGAGAACAGUGACGUAUUGGAUGAUCUCAUCUGUUGCGAAGAAGACAGACUAUCGAUUGCCGACAGUGAAUCCGACCCACCGAGCAAUGAAAGCUGCAUAGUCCUAGACAGCAGUCCCAUCGCCCAAGAACUGAGUGAGGAUGGAGGGCCCAAAUAUGAGAGGGAGGAGGAGGAGGAAGAUCUGGAGGACUGUCUCUACGUUGAGGACGAGACCUUCUACGAGGAAUGCGUCACAGAGCAACCAGACGCUGACACAGCCGGGCCGUCGAUAUCCGGACUGCAGUCAGCUAGACUUCGCACAGACUCUAGCAAUUAUGGCCAGCUAUCCCCUGUGUCAAAUCCUACACCGUCUUCUUCAAAACGAGUAAGGAGUAUCAGCAAACGUACCGUCGAUAUUCCAGAAUUGCAAUGGGCAAAAACAGAUGAAUUAUGGGAAGCGAUGAUCAGAAAAGACGAGACCUCCAUCAACAACAGGAAUGAAGACAUGUUCAUUAAUCAUCCCAGCAUCACACCUAGAAUGCGUUCGGUGCUUUUCGAUUGGAUUAUGGAGGUAUGCGAAGUGUAUAAGCUACAUCGGGAAUCCUACUAUUUGUCAAUGGAUUAUGUGGAUAGAUAUCUUUCAUUAAAGAGCGGAAUCAGCAAAAGUCAACUUCAAUUGAUUGGAGUGACGUGUCUUUUCAUAGCGGCCAAGAUGGAGGAGAUCUAUCCCCCGAAAAUAGUUGAGUUUGCGUACGUGACUGAUGGAGCCUGCAACGACGAAGACAUAUUGCAGCAGGAAAUCGUCAUAUUGAAGACUCUAAAUUUCGAAUUGUCUCCAAUGACAAUCAACAACUGGCUGUCAACCUACGUUCAGCUGUGCUACAAAGACGAGGCGCGUAUCAACAACGACUUUGUCUACUCACAGCUGUCAGGUCAGCUGUUCGUGAGGUUGGUUCAGUUGCUGGACCUGGCCACACUCGACCUCAACUGCCUCAAGUUUUCCUACAGUAUGUUGGCGGCUACUUGUGUCUACCUUGCUUGCUCGAAGCGGUUGGCCCUCAAAGUUUCUGGUUAG